ACUCUGUCGUCUUUGCUCGAUAUUCCGCGUUCGGUGUUUUCCUCUUGCUUUAUAUCGCGGCAAGUAAUCCUCGUGUGCCUGCCAGCGGCUUCACCUCUCGUUACUCUCGUCUCUGUCUAGACGCCACGCACCGUGGUACGCGCCCGCCGCUGCCACCACCGUCGCCGCCGCCACCGCCGCCGCUGCGCCUCCUCCUCUUUCUCUCGGAAUAAUAUUAUUCAGUGUGUUUCUUGUGGCGAGUUACGCUCUUCUCUACGAGGGAAAAUUUCUCUCGGCAACGGCAAUCAGGACCACCCUCUCUACCAUCCAGGUCAGUGUUUCGUUGGACGCGCAACGCCCGAUCUCAGCAUCUGGAAAGCGCGAGAACGGGAGGCAGGUGAGUCAGAGGAAGGAUAGAUAGGUAAACGGAGCAAGAUGGGUGCGAAACAAAGUAGAAGAUCCGUGGACAUAACGACCACUCCUAAGAAGGAGGGGAUACCGACCGACGGAGGUGUCGUUCUCGGUGAUGCAGCUGCACCUGGCGAUGGUAAAUUGGAAAGGAUCGAGGAGACGGACACGAAGCCCACCACCAACGGCAUAGCGCCGCACACGGACACGAUCGAGGAUAAAGACAAGGACAAAGACGAUGUUACGGAAAAGGAAAAGCAGGAUGAGGUAAAGGCUGAGGAGACGAAGCAAGAGUCGGCUGGAGAAUCCGCCGCGGAAACGGCAGAGGUCACGACACCCACAGAAACGACUCCCACUAGUCCCAAUGCCGCCACUUCUCCCGAGACCAAGGAAACCAAAAAAAAAGACAAGAUGAAGAAAAAGUGGUCCUUCAGGUCGAUCAGCUUCAGCAAGAAGGAUAAAAGCAAACCUGCCCGCGAUGAAGCACCCAAGAAUGGAGACGUCACCAAGGAGGAACCACUCGCGGAGGGUGGAGAGGAAGCUGAGACAGGAUCGGCAACGGCAGGUAGUCCAGUCGAGGAGAAGUCGGUAGUAAGUAGUCCGUCCGCGGAAAACGAAGCCGUCCCUGUUUCGGCAGAGGCGGCAGCGGCAACGCCAGCAUCAACACCAACGCCAACACCAACGCCUACACCCACCACCGAGACGAAGGAAGAUGGCCCGACAUCGGACGCCACUAGCCCUGCCGAUGAAAAGCAAGAGGAACCCACUCCCUCUGCCCCCACUCCCGUCCCUCUCGAGGAAAAGAAAGAGGAGGUUGAAAAAGUCGAGGCCGAGAAAAAAGUAGUCGAGGUCAGUCCAGCCGGUGGUCAGUUCGUACCGGACCCGGUAGAAGGCUCUGUUUUCCAAAUCCAGACAGUCGCUACGCCGUCUAUCAUUGAGAGGAAAACCAGUGAGGAUAUUCCUUCCUUGCCUCCGUCCAGUCCACCGCCAACACCCAUUGAUCCGUCGCCGUUGCAGCAGGCUCAGCAGGCUGCGGCGACCGCGACCGCUCUUGCGGAGGCCCUCAAGCUGCCUGCCGAGGCUGCUGCUGCCGACAAGGAUUUCGUUGCACAACCGCCACUCGCCGCCGCCUUAUCUUACCCUUGCUCAGAGCGUAACGACAUACCCUCAACGCCGCCCGCUGAAUCUCUUGAUGUGUUCCCCCAGAGACCACCCGGUUCCUCCACAGACAAACCCCAAACGGAAUCGACUCCUUCCAUCCUCCCAAAAUUACAGGCUCUGCCGGUGGUAGAUACUACAGACACCACUUGUCCGAAUGUCACGGUUAACGCGAAUACGGAGUCGCUCGACGCCACCAAAGACACCGGCAAAUCGGAACUCGAGAACCUGCCAGCCACGGAGACUGACGCGAACCGUCUCGACUCCCCGUCUAAACAGCUAAAUUAUUCGCGCGAUAACGAGGAUGUAGCCGAGACCGCGGACGCUGUAUCGAAAACCGUGGAUUUCGAAAAGCCUCGCGAAAUCGAGGCCGACGAAAAUAUCAAACACGUUCCCGAGCCAGUAAUCUCGAAGGAGAUGGAAACUGUCCAACGUCAAGAGGAAUCGGUCUGUGUCGUGUCAAUGGUCCAAGAACCAACGACGGAGCUCCAAACCGAGGCACCCGCCGAGUGCAGAAACCGCGUCGAGGCGGAGGUCGUUGAGCCGACUCAAGUCGUAAUGGAGGAAACGAAACCGGUGGACGAAAUCGCUCGCGAACCGUUGGUUCCGGUGUCCGAUUCGUUCAUAGAUUCCGAGGAGGGGCCACUUCCGCUCUCCGAGGAAGAAAUCGUGGUGGAGGCUAAGCCAGCAGUCGUUAUUCCGGAAGACGAAGAAAUUAUCGAGGAGGAAGUAACGGGCACCGAUGCGACUGUUCGAAACGUGGAAUCGGAAUCGGAAUCGGUCGAGGCGAUCAAUUUCGAGACGAAGACGGAAUCUGACGAUACCAUCACCACACCUAUAAAAGUGAUGAUCGUGUUCGACGACCCGGAGGAUUCCCCUUCCCCUCCGAGCGUACCGAUGACCGACGAUUCCGCUCAGCCAAUAAACGUAUCUCUUGUCACAAUCGAGAAUACUGCCGAGAAAGUAACGGAAGUAAUUGAGAUUGCCGAAGACGAAGAGUCGAUACCGCCUCCCCCGCCUGUAUCAGAAUCCUGUAGAGCUAAUUCUCCGGAAAAGUUGGAUUCCGAGAACGCGAACGUCGAAAACGAUCCGAACGUUCACUCCCCCCUUAUCGACGUAGACGAUGUACCAGUAAAUAGAACGCAAGAACUCGAUAGGUCGUCGCAAUGCACCGAAUGCCUCGUUACGGACGUACCACCCGUUCCCCCCACAGACACCACAUCUUCGCAAAUAUUGUCGGACGAGGACGAGCGCCUCGCAGUUCGAUCCGAACCCCGAUCUUCGCCGUCCAGGCUCGAAUGCGUUUCCGUUUCGUCGGACGAUCUUGUUCCUCCAGCACCUCGACACACCACCCAAUACGUAAAUUCUCACGAACAUCCGUUACCACCGGAAGAGUGUCCCUGCCCGUUAGUCACGAGUAACAACGUAUCCGAAAUGAACGACUAUCCAGUUCCCGACGAAAACGCACCCAGAACGAGAAACUCGACGGAUGUGCUUCCCACGCCGCCCAGAAGUCCCGUUUCCCAGUCCAACGACAGUAUCAUGUCCAGUCUGACAACAUCCACGAAAGACUCCUCGCGAACACAGUUUUUCGACGACCAGAGCAAUCGAGACUUCAAGAUGGAGUCGGUGUCCAUAAGCCUCGAUUCGUACAAUGAGUCCGACAUUGAAUUAAAGGAGAGGUUAGCAGAGUCUCUGGCGGAGACUGUGCACCAGGAAGAGAGCUCGGUCUCGUGUCAGUUGUCGAACAACACCACGUCGUCAACCACUGUCCAGGAGACCCAUCAGACCACUCCGGAACCCGAAGCCCCGGUAGAAAAUAAUCUGGUACACGAUAGCACGACAGAAAGUUCAGAGGAAACCACCAAAAUUACACCUCCAGCCGUCCUGACCGAGGUCCCCGCCUCUCCGCCAACUGUGCCAUCUGCGCCAGCCAUCACCGAAGACGUUUCCUCGGUAGCCAAGGCUAUCGAAGAAAUUGACAUAAGCGAUAAGGCUGUCGCGGCGGCAACCAUCGAGUGUAAUACAAACGCAAUCAUCGCAGACGCACAUUACCAAAACAACAUAAACGAAUAAACACCACUAACCGAAUUGUAUUUUGGGAAGAAGAAAGUUCUUUUCUCUCGUUAAAACCAAAAAAGUAUAUUAUAUAGAUAUGUAUAUUUGGACCAUU